CAAAGCCAGGGAAGAUGGCGCCCGACAGAGACCCAGGCCGCGGCGUUGCCCCGGCAACCGCUCCACGGCGGGAGGGGGGGGGCCUGGCGCGGGAAGGGGGCGGUUGCUAGGAAACAGCCGCGCAGGCGCAAAGGCGCCGAGCGGCACGCGGCCACAGCUACCGGAGGAGUAGCGGUCGCCUCGGUCACGGUCCCGGCCAUCUCCGCAGGCCCAGUGCUCUGCGGAGUCCUUCUCCGCCAUGGAGCUGGAGGAUGACUUCGAUGUUUUGGAUCCAGAGAGAUUAAUACAAUGUCCAUAUAAUAAACAUCAUCGAAUCAGAGCCUGUCGGUUUCCCUAUCACCUUGUAAAGUGUAGGAAGAGCUACCCUGAAGUUGCAAAGGAAUUGGCUACAUGCCCCUUCAAUGCUCGCCAUCUAGUUCCUCAAGCUGACCUCAGCGAUCACAUAAUGAAGUGCAAUGACAAAGGGUUCAUUGAGCAAGAUAUAGUGAAUCAGUCCUCUGGCUUCCAGAGGGAGCAGAUGAAUGCUGUGAGCACGUGGCAGGCACCUCCAUGUGAUGAAGACUGGGAAACAGAGUCAUUGGAGCAGUCAGAUUCCCCUUUUGUUUGGGGCAUGACCAACUCUGGCAUAAACAGUUCCAGUACCACCUUUGAACAAAAGAAUUGCUUGCCUUCAAGAGUACGUGCCCCUGAGUCCUUGCCAUACGCCUUAUCAUGGAAAGACUAAAGCAUCCUGAUCACACCUUUGCAGCUUUAAGCCUUAAACCUUUGUCACAUGGGUGCGUGGUGCUUCAAGUCAUACAACAAUGGGGAAUCCUCUGUGAAUUCCUUACAAUACGCAUAAUACCAAACAGGUGAAGUUUAAAGAGUACACUUAAAUACUUGUCUAGUUUCCAUUAGGGUUUUGUAGUUUUCUAACACUUAAAACAUGUUUGAGAGCUCUAAUGUAACUGUUCUUUGUUGGAGGGGUGGGGAGGGAGGAGCCAGGAAUGGUUUAAAUCACUAAAAAUACACUUGGGACUGUAUAAAUGUGUGGAUCCAGCAGUAUAUUGUUAAAAAUGGAUGCAAUGUACAAAAUGUCAUCUAAAUAUGCAAACACAAAGCAUUAAGAAACCAGACAUAGUAUUUGUCUAGAAAGAAAUUAAUGCCUUUUACAUUUUGAAAAGAAUGUUCCUCAAAAUACUGUAUUUUCACCAUCUGUAUUACUACCCAUGUAAAAUAAUACGUUGACUAGAAUGUGCAAAAUUAGGAUUGUUUUAAAGUUCAGUUCUGUCAAGGUUCUUGUUGGCAAUUUAGAAUAAAAAGGUUAUGAAUA